CAUCAUCCUCUUCUCAUGACCAUUCCUUCAACGCAUUCACCAUUCUGAUUCAUACUUCAUAUUAUAAUAAUACUUAAAACAAACAAACAAACAAACAAACAAGCAAUUAAGCAACAGACACUCAUAAAUAUAUUUGCAUUUUCUUUCCUUGGUCCGUUCACACGCUCCCUUUGCCUUGUUGCUAUUGUUCCUUGCUGCUUUGUUACAGCAGUUUCUUUUCAACUCUUUCUUUUCUUUGUUGAAACAAAAACAAUCUUGACCACCUUUGAACCCUUGAUCACUAACUGGUCCCUCUGUCCACAACUUGCGUGCAUCCUUUGAAUCUUGCCUACAGAACUUCCUUAAUAUCGAACUGGAAUCCUUGGACUGCAGUCUUAACAGAAUCCGCCACUCACCCAUAAAUUCACGCUUCCCCUUCGCACACUCCCCCUAAUUCACACCGAUCCAUUUCCAACUCCAUCAUUCUACACCUUUUUGCUUGACUAGAUGUCGGCCCCGACCCCCUCCAUACUUCAGUCCACGUCAGACUCAAUAUCUCUCGAUCAUAGCCAUUGCAGACCCCUUCCCUCAUCAUAUCCCUCCUCCUCUUGUCUGAUACCAAUUACUUCGAACACAUGGCUGCCAACGAUAACAGAGCAAUCGUUAUCACAGGAACGGUCUAGGGCUCGAUCCAUCACUAAAGCAAAGACUUCCAACAUUACACGAAGAGCUUCAUUACAUCAUCCUCGUUACCAUCAUCAUACACGUCGACCAUCGAAGCAGUUCGUAGCCACAACUUCGAAUGCCAUCUUUGGUGAUUGGGAUAUUGAACUGAAAAUUGAUCAUCGAACAUUAGCCAGAGCAAAGGAGUCGAACAAGAGUAAUGGAGAGAUGGCGGUUAAGGGACGAGGCGGUGCAUCAGUACGAAGCAAUGGAAGAGGAGGAGCAGGAGUAGGGGCAUCUGUAGCUCUUGGUCCUGGUCCUGGCGUCAACACAGGGACUUCAGGUAUACAGCCACUCUCAAUACCAUCCUUGGCAACACCGUCCUCUUCAUCAGAAAAGCAAAUGCUAGGAGAUACACUUCAAAUGACCCAAACUCCUUCCUCACCCAUCAUUACAAAUGACAAAUUUGUUUCUUACCACAACCUGUCCCCUCGGAAAGCAGAGCAAGCAUUAGAUGUGAAUAACAACCCUAAAAAACUCACGGCAGGGGCGGUAACUUUUACAGACAAAAGGUUAUCAAAAAGCAACCAGCAACCAUCCUUCUCACAGCCGCAGCAACGACAACAAGAGCACCAGACGAGUAAUGAGUCAUCGAUUGAUGGCAGUGAACAUCGCAAUGCUUUACAGACCCCAGCCACAAGAUCGAGCUUUUUGAAAGCCCUCAACAAAUUUAAAAACAAGCAUCUUCAGCAGAAAAGAUCAAGUGCCCCACCACUUUCUUUAUUUCCAGCUCCUAAAGAGCCAUCAGUGCCCUUUACCAAUAAGCGAACCUCUCAUAUCACACCUUCCACCUAUGCCGACGAAUCAGGAGCUAUUCAAAUGCCUCUUGUUACCGUUACAUCAUCCGAACCGGCGUCAAUAGGAGAUAUCGUCGACUCGCCUCAUAAUGAAGAGCUUUGUCUUGAAGGCAAUGCCUCACUCCGUGUCAAGUUCAAGAAUAAGGUCAACAGCACACUCGCCUCCAUGAAGUCAUCUUCUAAUAUCCGAGAUAAGACUAAGGCACAGGAAACCGCAGAGUCGUCUCAAAGAGGCAACAGUGAUAAGCGCCGGCUGUCUGCAUUCGUCACUUCACCUGCUGAGGACCCCUCACAGCAACAGCAACAGGAACUGGACCAUCUAGCAGAAAUUAAUAGCUCAAAGGCGCGCCACUCAAAGAUCUUUUGGACUUUUCCUAGAGUGCGUCUUGAGACUGACGGUCAGGCGCUCUCAAAACCACAACAAAUGGCAAUGGGGGCAGACAUUUUCGAUGCUCGUUCUUGUAAGGAAGUGGAGGCAAAUACUGGGGAAAAUGAUGGGCUCAGGCCUACACUCAAGCCAUCACAAUCAGGGCCCGUUUCAAACCCGGAGACAGAUAUCUCAGUAGCAACAUUGCACCAACAACUCCAAGACCUUAAAGUAGGAGAAGAACUUGAUUCUGACCAAUCACUCGAUAUUAUCCUGCCCGCUGACUAUGAAGACUAUACUCAGUUUGCUGAGCUGCCCCUCAAAAAGCGGAAAAAGAUGGAGCGGUCGCUCGCUAAUACGGAAUCGAAUAAGGGGUCUAGCUCUGUAAGAGCUGGCAAAGAAGCCGUGAAGCGGUUCUUAAAGCAAAGUCAAGAUGGUGAUGGCAAUGAAAGAAACCAAGGCCUGCAUAUUGACAACAUCAACAAUAAGAAACGAGCUCCGACUUCUCUUGAUCUUGAGAAAUUAGCAAGUAAAAAGACAGGGCCUCAAUCAUUAGAGUGGCGUCGGUCGCUUUUGAAAUCACUUCAUCUCGGGAAACCUAAACACAAAUAUAACGAGGCAGAAUUGGACUCCAAGCGAUCAAAGUCACCUACUCCCUUCGCAGCGAUAUCAGAAGCCUCAAAAGCCCAACCUCCAACCCAUGCUAUAACGCCUGACAAUGAUGGAGCGAUGGUAACACGUCCUAGCAGAUCUCAUAGUGUUCGAUCCACCCGAUCCCUUUCAUUUACUUCCGCCACCCACCCCGCGCUUUUGGCCACAGCAGUUGCGAAGCCCAGAUCACCGGGUUUGCGGCGCGAGACACUUGAAAUGGCGAUGCGUCGUCGUCGUCAGAGCAGUGCUGCUCGUUCCAUUGUCAGCAACACUGAGACACCACCCCUUCCUCGCUCUCCAGGCUACCUCUUCAAUAUGGAUAACACAUCAAGCGCGACUGUUACCCACACAUUCACAAGCUUCACUUUAGAACUCGCGGAAAUGUAUGCCCAAGAUGUAGUGAAUAAUUCUGCUGUACCAGGGCUGUUCAAUUUUAAACGACUGUCACUGCAGCAGCAGCAACAACAACAACAGCAGCAACAGCAACAGCAACAUUUACUGCAACCCCCAUCAAAGGCCACACGAUCAUCGCGACUGACUGUCUCGUCAAAUAUGAUGGAACUAGAUACAGAUCAGGAAUUCAAAGGGUUCGAUUCGGACGGGGAUGCCAUCAGUGGCUAUACUGGGGAUGCAGACAUUUCUAUGGAUGAGAUCCAGCUCGGUCCAUCUUCCAAUUACAAGGCUUUCAAUGUAUCCAAAGCUAAUUCAGAUGAUGCACAAAGCGCCGCCACCAGGCGAAGGAUUUCCAGUAUUGACGCCGACUCGGAUACAGUCCCAGAACUCCCUAAGCUUACAAUCCGCACACGUGAUCUUAACAGGAGCAGUGGAGGACGAAGCGGUGCGGACAGCAAUAACGGUUUUUCAAGAUCAUUUAGAGCAACGUCUGAAUCUUCGUUCGACAUGGAUGAUGAUCAACAGCAGUAUCGAUUUUCCGGUCAAGGGCGUAGUGAGAGUCCUCGAUCACCUCGUCGUUUUGCAGCAGGCGGCAUGGGCUCUUCAAAUACGCCAGUCAUUUCACGAAAAGAUAGCCGCAGCAUUCUAACCUCACCCACGUCUCCAGCGUCUUUAGAAGCAACCAACAAUAGCAAUGGCGGAUCCUCAUCCCAUGCAAAGUCAGCACGCUCGCCAGUGUCAAUCGAGGAUGUUGUCUCGUGGAAGCCUCGUCAGUUGGGUUCUCCCCAACCGUUACAAGUUUCCACACGUCCCAUAGUUCCAUCAUCUCGCACUGCUCAUUCUUCAGUGGUUCUCACACAGUCUCCUGGGUCCAUUUCGCCAUCAAAUGAUAUGACCUCUCCGUUCGGGCGCUAUCAAUAUCAGCCAUCGUCAUCAUCACUAUCGUCAUCUACGACACGGCAUCCACACCAAGCCUCAGCUGAUACUCUUGUUCCGCAGCAUUCACGAUACCUUAGCUCGGCUUCCACCCACUCUGCUCAAACUCUGACCAGUCAACACCAUCAUCACUCUCAGUAUCAUCAACAAUACGCGUCAUUUGACUCCACCACUCUAGAGUCUGACAACAUCAGCGACUCAUUUAGCAUUCCUGGCGCUAAAGAAUUUGAUCCAAGAAAAGAGUUUCCGCCAACGACACCUGCAGAUCUCAAGGCGAUGGACUUUGAAGAUCUCUUGGCCACCGCGGAAAGAGAACAACAGAAAGGAUGGGAGGACCUCAAGACACAGCGAAAGGAUAUCUUUUCAGUCUCGACAUCAGCAGAAACGAGGUCAAAAGAACCAACAACAUUCUUUGAUCACUUCAGCAAGACCGCAGCGGUUGCACCAGCGCCAUUACCAUCGUACCCCUCUCCGCCCACAUCGUUCCGGACAUCAUUUGGCGAUGUUCCACCCCUGAAAAUCACUACACCGUCAAAGAGCAAUCAUGCUGCACCACAACAGCGUAGUAAUAUCGCGUUUGAUCUUGGUGCUUCAGAUAAUGGAGGUAUCGGGCCAGGUGCGGGCGUAGGAACAGGAAGUGAUCGUUCUAUGCGAUCCAAGAGAGUGAUGAAAAAGAAGAUGAGUGUGAUUCGCCUGGCAGGUGGCAGUCAGGGCAAUGUGCAAGGACGGCGAGAGCGCGAUGGCAUGAUCCGAGUCUCUGUUUCUCCAACACCUUAUUCUUCAACUCCACCGCCCCCUCCUGAGAUUUUCUCUGGCAGAUGCUAGUCUUCUUUUUUUCUCUCUCUAAUUUUAUGCAUUUAAUGGCGGCAUUUCUUAAUGAAUAUGAAAAGUAUUGUUCUGUAAUUCUGUCCAUGUACUUGUAACAGUAUUUUAACGCUUCACUCUUUAUUAUCCUAAUAACCCAAUAUCCUAAUAACCCAAUAUCCUAG